CACCAGACAUGGUAGUCGAUUACCGAUCUGUGUUGCUUACGACAGUUGUAUGCUAGCUAAACAAAGUCAUGGCGUUACUUAAACAAAGUUGCUGUAUUGCAGGCCGCUUCUCCACAAAUCACAUAUGGUUGAGUCCUAGUAGAUCCAUUCCACAUAUUUCUACAAACAGUCUGGCAACCACAGCCAGAUCCCCCUUAGAGCCGGUUGACCGGAAGAAGGCGCUUCAGAGCGACGAUGGUCCUGAUCUCCAGGACUUCAUUUCAGGAGAUCUGGCGGAGAAAUCCAAGUGGGCAGAUUAUAAAGGACAUCUGAAGAGGCAGAAGGGAGAGAGGCUGAGGCUUCCCCCGUGGCUGAAGACGGAGAUCCCCAUUGGAAAAAACUACAACCAGCUGAAGAACACCCUGAGAGAUCUCAACCUGCACACAGUGUGCGAGGAGGCCAGGUGCCCUAACAUCGGGGAGUGUUGGGGAGGAGGAGAGUAUGCCACGGCUACAGCCACCAUCAUGCUGAUGGGAGACACGUGCACUCGCGGCUGCAGGUUCUGCUCAGUAAAAACCGCCCGUCAGCCCCCUCCUCUGGAUCCAGACGAGCCAUACAACACCGCCAAAGCCAUUGCUGCCUGGGGACUGGACUAUGUGGUUCUGACCUCUGUUGACAGAGAUGAUAUUCCUGAUGGUGGAGCAGCUCACUUUAGCAAGACAGUCUCUAACCUGAAGGAAAGAAACCCUCAGAUCUUGGUUGAGUGUUUGACACCGGAUUUCCGUGGUGACCUGGCGGCGGUAGAGACGAUAGCGCUGUCAGGCUUGGAUGUGUACGCCCACAAUGUGGAGACUGUGCGUGAACUGCAAAGAUACGUUCGUGACCCCAGAGCAAACAUUGACCAAUCCCUGAGUGUUUUGAAGCACGCUAAAAAGGUCAGGCCCAGUUUGCUCACCAAGACGUCCAUCAUGCUGGGGCUCGGGGAGACGGACGAGCAGAUCCUCAACACUCUGACAGAGCUGCGAGAGGCGGGAGUGGACUGUCUCACACUCGGUCAGUACAUGCAGCCCACAAAACGACACCUGAAGGUGGAGGAAUAUAUUCCCCCUGAAAAGUUUGCACAUUGGGAAGAAGUUGGGAAUCAAAUGGGAUUUGUGUACACAGCCAGCGGGCCUCUGGUUCGGUCCUCCUACAAAGCAGGAGAAUACUUCUUGAAGAAUUUACUGAAGAGCAGAAAAGCUGAAGCUCCUCCAGAAGAAUGAGGAGAAGCGGCGCUGGAAUCUCACCGUUUGAAGAACAAAAGCUUCUUCCAUCUCAGAUUCCCCUGAGUGUCACAGAAAAACUGGUUUUUAUCCGGUCAGAAAAUAAAAGCUUGUGAAUCAGUUUGAACAUCAAGACAGAAUCCAGUUCUUCAGAGAGACACAAUGGCUGCAGUUUUCUCCUCACUUUAUUCUGUUGACACUAAGCUGUCAUGUUUUCCAAAGGAAACAUCUGCUUCAUAGUCUUUUCAUAAUUUAAUUAAAUCUAUUGGUUAAAGAUGGGCAAUACAAUUGACUUUCUCACAUAAACACACUUGGAAAUAGUAGUUAAGUCUGUAUUAUGCUGGUAUUUAUUCUAGAUGUGAUGUUUGUUUUGGCUUUAUUAAAAACAAAGUGUAAAAUCAUUAAAUCGUAUGAGCAAA